AGCGGAAUUCAUCAGGGAGAAGAACUAGCCUAGCUUAGGCCUAGGAUCUAAAAGUGAAUUAAUUGCUUGUUUUUGACGUAGCGUAUGGUAUUUUUGACUCAAUUUAUUGUUCUGUUAUAAUGAAUGCACAGAAGAGAUACAUAAAACAUGGUAGUCAUACCGAAAAUUACUUCAAUAUACACGAUAUUCUAGCCAGCCAAGAAAAGAUUCCCUGUGUUUUUGAAGUCCCGAUGUUGAGGCUAGGUUUUUUGGACCCAAGUAACGAAAGCGCAGAUAUUCAACCCAACACCAAAAUGGAGCUACCGUACUGGAUAGCAUCAAGUCUUCGUACUAGGAAGAAGAAAAUCGUCGGCAUUGAUCUACCAAAGCAGUACAGGAGAGGACACAGAGAUAUUUUGAGCGCUGAUGCGAAUGUUGUGAACUUGCAUAAAUUGGGUCCUUAUUACUAUGCAUUUGGAAGUAAACUUAUGAAUUUUGACCAUGUUGAAGCCGAUGAUAUUGGCAAAAGUUUAUUACAGGCCUUUUCGGGACGAUUUCGAAAAAUUAUGGACUCAUCACUCAAUUGUUACAAUGGGGACACAACCAAAUUGAAAAGCAAGUUGGACGAGAAUGAGAGGAUGUUGUUUAGGGCUGGACAAUUAAGCCUACACGAUUACCAAAAAUGGGAAGAACGCAGCACUGACAAGAUACAGGCAUCGGAGAUGGUUAGCAACCAUCGAAAGAGGAAGCGUGCCAUUAUGGAGCAGGGAACUGAUUCUUAAGGAGAUUAUGAUUGCUGAUAUGAGAGUUCCCUUUCAGCUCUUACAGCAGAGGUGGACCCAAGGAAAAUCUGUGUUGGUUUGAGGGGAGGGGAGGGCUAGUAAUUGAGAUUUUUGUUUAGAUGCCCCAUUGCCCUUCCCCC